AUGGCGAUAACACGAUCAAAACGAGGGUGUUUCACCUGCAGAGCAAGACGCAAAAAGUGCGAUGAAAAAAGACCAAUGUGUCUGGGGUGCCAUCGCAAUUUUUUGGUGUGUAAUUGGCCCAACUAUCAAAAUCAAACUUUGCUGCAAUUUCGAAAGAGCGAGGCAGCCGCUAGCAAUGGCAAGGUAGUUUUGGUUUACAAAGAUCUGAGAGGUGGAAUUGAUGCUCAGGGAAAAACUAGAAAAGUACUAACUCGUCAAUUUCUUAGGACUUUGAUCCCAGAACCCAAUCACAAUAAGGCUCAGGAAGACUUGGACCAGCAACUAAAAACGAGUCUUCCUUUGCAGUUGAUAGUGGAAUGUGUGGAUGCUAUACUCGUUAGCAACGAGAACACUUCGCAAAAUCGACUAUAUGAGGAAACUCUCAAUGCUCUUCGAGUAGAGUUCAGCAAUUGUAACGCAAAAGGAUCAGAGGAUUGGAGUUUGAAUGCUAUUAAUCUUUCAAUGAUUCAAGAAUAUUUCUUGGAUGCUCCUCGUAUUUCAGAAAUCCUUAGGCACUUGCAAGCAUCUUUGCAUAUUCUUUGCACGAGAAUAAUGCUGAACGAUGUUACAUUUUUGCUUCGUCUCAAUGCUGAUUCUUUUGUUUUCUAUUCAGGUAUGGCAACCCUCUGCUGCCUGGAGACAGAGAUUCUUAUGAUGCCAAAUCCAUUUGAAAGUGAAAAAAUCUUUGAGCCACUCUUUGAGAAUGCUAAACCUCCUCAUGACUUUAAUCUGAAUCCUAUCCUAGGCGAUGCCUACGAUGCUCUUAUUUUGAGUAACCAGGCAUCUUAUUUGCUACGAUCAAACACACAGCAGAGAAUUUGCCUUGCAACCGUGCUAUUGCGAAAGGUCAACUGCCUUAUUCGGAUGGCUGCAAAUAACCACCUACACCUUUACAUCCAUUAUUGUACUAAAAUUGUGUUGCUAAAAAUCAUUCACCGCACGAUUCUGGUUAAGGAUAGGCAAAUCCAGCAGGCUAAUGAACAGCUACUUCAUUCUCUACAAAAUGCUAAGAAGAGUGAAGUGAAGUUAUUAGGUCUUUGGCCGGGCAUAGUAUGCGCUGCCUGUAUUACAGCUCCAUCAGAUACAGACCUACUCUUGGAAUUAUGUGAUCAGUCAGAAGUUUGUGGCAUUACUGUUGAAACCAGUGAAAAACUCAAAAGUUCCUUGAAGAGAAUAUGGAGCGAAAAUAUGGGACUUGGGGUCCUAGAUAAUUUAGCAUUCCUAAAGACGUUACUUUAA